AUGGGCAACGGACUGCUCUCUUCUGUUCUCAAUGUGAAAAGGGUCUGCAUUACACUGGCAAUUGUUUGCAUCAGUUUGAGGGCUGUGGCUGGAGCAUCAACUUCUCGAUCCAAGAAGACUAUGGAAGUCGAAGGAAAAAUAAACCAGCUCAAAAGACAUGCGAUAAAGAGUAUUCAGAUGGCACCGAGCGACAAUCCGUCUAUCAUGACGACUGGAAUGCCUGAAGCAUUCACGAAAAUCGACACGAGUUCCUCCAUAUUUAGGACAUCACAGCUGUGGCGAAAAAAGGGAAGCUGUCCCAAGGGGACCAUACCCAUUCGAAGAAUUCAGAAGAAUAACAUGGCUAAAGCGAGUUUGCCAGUUGACUAUGGAAGGAAGAAGGCUCAAAAUUCCCAUCGAGGCACUGAGAUGGAUGAGAAUAAAAUUCAAAACCUCCUUCAGAGUAAUCACUCUAUGGCCAUAUUGAUCACGGAAGGUUAUAGUUACACUGGUGCCAAAGGAGAUAUUAAAGUUUUCAACCCGCAUGUUGAAUAUGAUGAUGAAUGGACCACUUCUCAAAUUGCUCUAAAGAGUGCCGUUCUUCAAGAUUAUGAGUGUGUCGAAUCUGGAUGGGCGGUGAAUCCUGGGGUCUAUGGCGACCGGAAGACUCGGUUUUUUGUAUAUUGGACAAGCAAAACCAAUGCUGUAUCUUCCUCUUCCGUGUAUCAGGCUGACUCAGGUAAAAAAACCGGCUGCUUUGAUCUCACUUGCCCUGGUUUUGUUCAAACAAGCAGCAAGGUUGCCCUUGGCGCGGCCAUUCAUCCCAUCUCAACAACGGACGGCCUUCCAUAUCAGAUAACCCUUUAUCUCUUCAGGGAUCCAAGCACUGGCAACUGGUGGGUUCAAUAUAAUGAAAAGACGAAUGUUGGUUACUUCCCGCCUGAGCUAUUCGCCUACCUACCUCAAACUGCACAAACUGUGCAGUGGGGAGGCGAAGUGUAUAGCUCGAGAAUUGGGGGAUUUACGCCCCACACCUCGACACAGAUGGGCAGCGGGCAGUUCCCCAUCCUUGAAGAAUCGAGUGGAUACGUGAAGAGGAUACGGAUCCGUGAUAACUCAAUGAUCCUGAAGUUCCCGGAACAGAUUGACCACUACACAGAUGAGUAUAGGUGUUACGAUGUGAGAUACCUUGGGGAUUAUAUUGAAGAUCCUGAGUUUUAUUUUGGAGGUCCUGGAAGGAAUGAGUUGUGCCCCUGA